AUGGAAAAGUAUUUGAUCACCGCCAACAAAAGACGCUCAUCCACUUAAAAUCGCCUAUCGACUGAUUAAAAUGAAUUGAAGUCCCCUGAAAGAAGGUAAAAGCGUAUGUCUGCAAUAGAAAUUUAGCAAGAAAAAACAGAAUUAAAGAAUCUACUAAAAGAACGAUACAAUAUCCCUUAAAAUUCCGGUACUCUACCCUAAGCCAAUUAUAACUCUGAAAAUUUAUCUACAUGGGUUUAUCCAGUCUCAAAGACUUUUAGAACAUAUUAGUUUAGAAUUGUGAGAUCAUCUUUAUUUGCAAAUACUAUAGUUACUCUGCCAACAGGUCUCGGGAAAACUUUUAUUGCUUCUACUGUAAUGUACAAUUAUUAUAGAUGGUUCUAAGAUGGCUUAAUCUUUUUUCUUGCACCUACAAGACCUUUAGUCACUCAAUAAGUUGAAGCAUUUACCUCAGUUAUAACAGAGGACAUUGAGGAUAAUAUUCUAGAUUCAUCUAAGAUUGUAUUGCUUGUCAUUGAUGAAGCUCAUAGAGCAAGUGGAAAUUAUUCUUAUUGUAAGAUUAUUGAGUAUUUAGAAGCACUGAAUGUUGGAUUUAGAAUUGUGUCUUUAUCAGCAACCCCUGUCUCAAAGAUUGAGAAUUUAUAAACUGUGGUAAAUAGCUUAAGAUGCGCAAUGCUUGAAGUAAGAGAUGAAGAAGAUGAUGAAAUCAAGUAAUAUACUCAUGAUAAAGAUAUUGUGGAAAUCAUAGUAGAAAAGGAGAAUUAAAUUCAAGAGUUGGAACUAAAAAUAAUGAAAUUAAUGGGUAAAGAUAAGCCUCUUGGAACAUUCGUUAAGAAUGUCAAGGAAACUGAUGAGUAUCAAGAGGUAGUAAAUUAUAUGGAAGAAACCAAAAUGAAUGCAAAUCAUCCAAAACUAAGAAAACUUUCAGAAAUUCUUGAAACUUUCUUUUUAGACGAAAGCCAUGUAAACUCAAAAGUUAUCAUUUUUUCUUAAUUCAGAGAGUCAGCUAAUGAAAUAAAAAGAUAUUUGGAGAAAAAGAACCCUGAUACGGUAAAAGCUGAAGUAUUUGUUGGAUAAAAUAAUCAUGGAUUAAGCUAAAAAGUACAAGCUGCAAUGAUAAAUAGAUUUAAAUCUGGAAAGACUAAUACAUUGGUAGCAACAUGUGUAGCAGAAGAAGGCUUAGAUAUCGGGAAUGUAGAUCUUAUUAUAAGUUAUGACUGUCUUGCUUCGCCAAUAAGAAUGAUAUAAAGAUUUGGAAGAACUGGUAGAGCUGGAAACGGAUAAGUUAUUGUACUGAUAGCUAAAGGUGAAGAGGAAAAUAAAUUUAAAAUGUCUAAGAAGCAAAGUAAAAUGAUUAUGAAUGCUAUUAAAGAACAAUCAUUAAUUAUAUCUAAUUUGAAUUAGGGACAAUAAAAUAAUAAAUAAGGAAGUGGCUCUAAAUAAACCAAACUUAGCUUUGGAUAAGCUGAGCUUAUUAUGCCUGCUUUAUAAGAAUUAGAAAAACCAAAGGAAUGUGGACUUUAGCUUUACUCCUUUAAUCCAAGAAUGAUACCAGAAGAUAUAGAUCCUAAGCCUGUUUUAAGGAAAUUGAUUCCAAGAUCAAUAGAAGAAAUUGAAUAAUUUGAAUAGCUAAAUACUAAAAAAAGAAAGUCUCCAUUAAAAAAGGAAAAAAUUGAAAAGCCUAAGAAAGAGAAAAAAAUUAAAGAAUCAAAAGAAGGUGAGAAUAAAUAACCCAGAAAGAAAAGGUCUAAGACUGUCACAGCAGAGUAUAAUGCUGACAUUAAACAAUAUCUUAGUAACAGCAUAUAUGAGUCUAAAUCUAGAGAUAAAUAGUCUUAAUAAUCAAAUGAUCAAAUGAAUGAGCCAGUAAUGUCUACAUCAUUAAGAGAUUAUAAUAAUAUUAGAAGUGAAGAAGAUAAGUAGUAAGAUUAUGAAAACGAUGGAUUAGAUGAUUAUGAUUUUCCAGAUUAAGAGCUAACUGAACUUAACAAUAUAGUUUAGCAAUCAGAGGGUCCAGAAGAAGCUAACAUUAAUAAGACUUUAUAGUAGCUUGAAAAUUAUUAUAAUCGAAAUGAAUCUAAUUAGAAUAUAACUAUCUCAGCAUCAUUCCUGAGUAGAAGUAGUGGGUAGGUUAAAUUCCUAUAAUAAGAAGAAUAAAAAAUCAUAAAGGAAGAUAAAUAAUCAGGAUAACUCGAAGAGAUAAUUAUGAAUCAAAAUGCAGAGUAAAACUUUGAAGAUGAAAAAUUUGAAGAAGGUUUAAAAUAAUUCGAGCUUUCAGAAGAGUCUAAGGACCUUGAAAAUUUCUUAGAUGAUCUAGGGGCUUCCUUUUUAUCUGAUCUUAAAUCAAGUGUUGAAAGUAUAAUCAGCAAAAAGAGCACAGCUAGCAGCAAAAUACGAAAAAGUUAUAAAGGCAUGCAUGAACCUGAUACUCUUUAUGAAACUGAAAGCAGAAAAAGCAGAUAAAAAAGAUUAAAUUUGAGUUGA